AUUUCGAUUGCAGAGCUAUGGAAGGCGUGUGCCGGACCUUUAGUGGAUGUCCUUGUAAUAGAGAAAGAGUUUAUUACUUUCCUCAGGGUCAUAUGGAACAAUUGGAGGCAUCGACAAAUCAAGAAUUGGACCAACAAAUCCCGCUCUUCAAUCUUCCAUCGAAGAUUCUAUGCCGUAUUGUUGACAUUCAACUACGGGCUGAGCAGGAAACGGACGAAGUUUAUGCGCAGAUCACUCUACACCCCGAACCAGAUCAAACGGAGCCCACUAGUCUUGAUCCAUCUCCCCCGGAUCCACCUAAGCCGAAUGUUCGUUCUUUCUGCAAGAUCUUAACAGCUUCUGAUACCAGCACUCAUGGAGGCUUCUCCGUUCUUCGCAAACAUGCCAAUGAAUGCCUCCCUCCCUUGGAUAUGAGCCAACAAACACCAACCCAAGAUUUGGUAGCCAAAGAUCUGCAUGGGUACGAGUGGCGAUUCAAGCACAUAUUCAGAGGUCAACCAAGGAGACACUUGCUCACAACUGGAUGGAGUACAUUUGUCACCUCAAAGAGACUAGUAGCUGGCGAUUCUUUUGUUUUCUUGAGGGAUGAUGAUAAUGGGGAAUUGCGAGUUGGGGUCCGCCGGCUCGCUCGACAACAGAGCACGAUGCCGCCAUCUGUCAUCUCUAGCCAAAGCAUGCAUUUGGGAGUUCUUGCUACAGCAUCUCAUGCUAUUACAACACAAACCCGAUUUGUGGUUUACUACAAGCCUCGGACAAGCCAAUUCAUUAUUGGACUGAAUAAGUACUUAGAGGCCAUGCAACAAAAGUUCUCUGUCGGUAAGCGUUUCAAAAUGCGAUUUGAAGGAGAAGAUUCCCCCGAGAGAAGGUUCACCGGUACUAUUGUUGGCGUUGGAGAGUUGUCUUCUCAGUGGACCGGCUCCACCUGGCGAUCACUUCAAGUCCAAUGGGAUGAAGAAUCAGCAAAUAUAUUUCGGCCAGAGAGAGUGUCACCUUGGGAGAUUGAACCUUUUGCAGAAGAUGCAUCACAAUCAGCUAUGAAGAUCAAAAGACCUCGACCACUCGAUCUUCCUCGUACUGGAACUACUACUACUACAGCUUCUGCUGCUUCUCCUCUCUGGUAUUCGAAAUCGACCGCAUCGGUUGAGCGGGCCCACUUAACUAAUGAUGUCCAAAAUAACGAAAACGGACAAAUUUUCUGGCAUGCGAAGCAGAAAGAUCUAAGCAGUGGCCUCUACUAUUCUACAUCGUAUCCUGGUGGAUUUUUGCCACCUUUAUCACAUGUUGAAAAUAAAAACGUGCUUGUAAAAUCACCUCUUUCAACGAGGGCGAGUAGUUUUCUCGAGCAAGGUCAAGGGGUAAAAAAUUCAGAAACGGCACCUGCACCGGCUUGUCGGUUAUUCGGGUUCGAUUUGAGGAACAAAAAUUCAGACAAAAUCACUUCAUCGGAAAAGGUGGUGCCUUUAUUGUCUGAAGAAGCUGACAUGGCGAAAAACGUGGAAAUCUUGAAUUCCUCUAAUAAUAAAGAAAGAAAGCAACUGAAUGUUCCGUUGGAAUAUUCUCCGAAUGACAUGAAGGGGAAGCUGGGUUUUGGUUCGUCUUCAAGAACUCGGAUCAAGGUACAAAUGCAAGGGAUUGCUGUUGGGCGAGGCGUGGAUUUGGCUGCUUUUGGGGGGUACAACGAACUUAUUAAUGAAUUGGAGGAUAUGUUUGGAAUUAAGGGAGAGCUUAGUCCUCGAAAUAAAUGGGAAGUUGUUUAUACUGAUAAUGAAGGAGAUAUGAUGCUCGUGGGCGAUGAUCCAUGGCCGGAAUUUUGCAAGAUGGCUAGAAAAAUAUGCAUAUAUUCGAGUGAAGAAGUGAAGAAGAUGAGUCCUAAAUGCAAGCUUCAUACGCCAUCUCUAGACGACGAAGGCACUAAUUUUAGCUUAGAAUCGGAACAAAAGCCAGAAACGUAAGUUUUUUUUUUUUUUUUUCUUCCCGGGAAUUAGAUCUAUAGAGUUGGUAGAAACAAAUGUAAGUGGGAAUAGGCCUGAGAAACUCGGUAAAAAAGAAAAAAAAAGAAAAAUAAUAGCUUAAUUUGUAAAUAGAAUGUUUGUGGGGGGUGUUUGAUGAAUUAAUAGAUAGUUAGUUAUUAGGGAGGUAUGGGAUAUUUUGGUUUGAUUGAUAUUUGAUAGGUAUGGUAAAGUUUGUAUGAAAUAUAUACAUACAUGAUACAUAUAUGCUUGCCCUUUGAUGGCAAACUUAAAGCAUAUUUGUAUUCUUGAUUUGGACAAAUAUUUUUAAUAUUAUGUAUUUAAUUUAGUGAGACUGUCUGAUUU